AUGGACAAUGAUCACGUUGUGACCUCUGUUCACAGACCACGACAGAUGGAUUCUUUCGUCUUUGAUGACAUCAGCUCCAUGAUACAGAACGAGGCUACUGAGAGAAUCAUCUCACCAAUGAGUGUUCGGCUCUGCCACCUGCUCAUCUCCAUGGAGAAGGCAGAUGUGGAGGAGGAGGCAUUUGGCUCUUUGGAGAAAACGGCAGAGGACUUGGCUGAAGCUACUGAGGCAUUGGUAGAGAAGGCCAGGAGGCUGGCGGCUGACUCUGGGGAACAGUGGCUCAGGGCAGAGGUGGAGCCUGCAGCAGAAUCACUCCUGCUUUGCGGGAGGAAUGUCACGCAGGUGGCACGGAAGCUCCUACUGCAGCCCGCCUGCCAGCGCCACCGCGAGGAGCUGGCGACUAUGGCUCAGCAGAUGGUGGUGGCCACUACCAAGGUGCUGCUCCUCGAAGAUGCGGCAACGGCAAGGAGGGCGGCGCUGGAGGCCGGCUGCUGCUUGAGCUGCCUGGACGCGCUGGAGGCCACGGACGACGCGGCCUCGCUGAGCCGCCUUUUCGCGGAUCUGGCUAUGGCGCUGCUGCGCCUGGGGCACCUGACGGCGCGCCGGGGCGAGGCCGACGGCCUGCUGCGGGGCUGCAUCCCCGCACUUGUCGCGGUCGCUCGCGGCCAUCUGCGGUACCCACGCGACCCGCAGUUGGCAGCCUCCAGGCGCCGCGUUCUCGCUCAAACCAGGGAGGCCCUGAGCAAGCUCCUGGCGCUGCUGGAGCCCAGCGCCAGCUCGUUCCCAGCGCAGACCCUCUCACGGAGCGGCGCGCUCACCCGGCGCCUGCAACAGGUGCGGGAGCUGCUGCUGGCGACGCCCACACCCGGGUGCCUGAACGGCCUGCUGGACGCGCCUCUGGCGGCGGUGCUCGGACACUGCAUGUACCUGGCCGCCGGCUGCGCGCCGCCGGAGCGGCUGCACCUGGUAGUCCGCUGUCGCCAGCUGCUGGAGCUGCGGGGGAGCCUUGGGGCUGCAGAGACCGGCCGCGCGAGCCUGGAUUCGGCCGAGGAGCGCGCGGCGCUGUGGGCUGCGGCCGAGGGCCUGUCGCAGGGUAUCCGCACAGGGUUACUGAGCCAGAUUCUGGACACGUUCACGGACACGCAGAGUCCCCUUCAAAGUCUGAUCCAGGCCGCGCGAGUCACUCCCCCAGAAGACUGCCUGCGCAGUGGGGAAACCUCACCCACAAGCCUCCAGCCCUUUCUUGCAGUCUUCCUUGAACAGGCCGGGCACAUGCUCCGGGUGGCCCACCUGGUUUUGGUGUGCUGCUCGCGGCCGCAGACUGGCAGAGACUUGGAAAUCGCUGCUGCCGGCUUGUGGGCUCUCGUGGUUAGAGUGCAGCAGUUUUUCUCCCAAGACCCCCGGAACUGUGAUCUGGACCUGAGCCCCGACGCCUUGCAGGCUUUGCUUCAGGCCUGGGCCGCUGCAUCUGAUCACCUGUUGUCAUGUUUUGAUGAUGUCCUGGAUAUUCCUGAGUUCCUGAGCGCGUGCAUUUGGGAAAUGACUCGGCGCCUGCCCUUCCUUGCGUGGGCUUUGAGCAGUGGCGAUCCCACAGAGCUCCGCAGACCUGUGGUGUAUCUGCAGGCUCGAGCGGUGCACAUGGUGCAAGUGAUGAACAGGUAUGUGGGCAGAGAAAGAGACCCCAUUUUCCGAAAUGGCCUGCGAGUCCUGAUCCAGCAGCUGGCACAGGCUUCCCGGCGCCUGGGUGCAGCUGCCGAGGACUGCUCAGAGGAGAACAGCCUAUGGGACACAGGUGUGGUUUUAGCAGCAGCCAGACAACUCAUCUGUUCAGCUCAGAGCAUCCUGGAGGGCUUGGAUGGAACCAACCACCCAGACAUCCUCAGCCCCCUACGGGUUCAAGUCUGCAGGUUUGGAACGACUGAGGACCAGCCCUGUUUGGUGCUCCCUGGCCUCUGGGACGGCAGGGCUCCUGAACUGAAACACCAGCAGGUGCCUGGGUUCAGGGAAAGGGAUCCAGGCACUUUCUGCUCCCCCAGAGUCCAUCCUGCCUGCCCCUCGAUUCCUGGCAUGGAUCCCCCAGGAGGGAAGGAAGACUCUCGGCUCUCUGCCAUUAACAAGCUGGUGCUGGCAGUACAGCGCUGUGGCCCUGAGGGGUCGACCUCAGCUGGCUUCAGCCUGCCUGAGCAGGGUGCAGGUCAAGAGCCCCUAGCUGGGGAGGGACUGCUGGGGUCAGAGCGGAUGCCAGGCCUUCAGGAAGUCUCCACUCUGCCACCUUGUUUGUGGGAUAACAGUUUAAUGGGGGAUAUUUGGAUUGAUGUGGUGGGUGGAUGUGUAGAGGAAUUGAUAGGUGGAAAUGUGGAAGGGAAAGAUGAUUGGGGAAGGGAGAAGUUUAUCAUAGUGGAGUGCGAGACGCAGACCCUGGAUUUGCUUUGGUGGGAGUGGGCAGCCACGGCUCACUCUGCCAUGGCCCAGCUGCAAGCCUGGAAGGGCAGUCACUCAGAGGCCUGGAGACUCCUGGCCCAGUGCUUGAAACCAGGGGAGGACCCAGUGCUGGCCCCAGUGCAGGACCUUGCCCAGCCCGGGCUCUACCACAAGGCGGGGACAACAGGAACUGAGGCACAGCACAAUGGCCUACCUGCUGCCUCUCCAGGUCAUCCUGCCUGGCCACAGACAGAGCUGGCCCAGUCAUUGCAGAAAGAUGACAGCGCAGACAAUGACAACAGACUCUCGCAGAUCACCCAAGAGAUGACUGAAAUGGUGCUGCGAAUGGCCCAGAGUUUGAGGAAGAGAUGCCUCCUGACCAAAGAUGAGCUCAUUACCUCCGCGAGGAAAGUCGCAACCUGUGCACAAGAAUUUGCCAGACUCAUCUGCAUGAUCGCCAAGAACUGCAUAGACAGAAGAUGCUCCCAGGAACUUGUGUGUAGAGUCGAACAGAUCCAGACGAUGAGCAACCAGCUCCGUAUCAUCUCCAGCGUGAAGGCCUCCCUGGCCAGAAGCAGGUCCUCCGAAGAGCUCCUGGUGGGGAACGCGCAGCAGCUGCUCCAGGCCGUCCGUGAGGCCGUGAGAGCCGCAGAAGCUGCGAGUCUGCGGGGAUUGAGAUCGCCUCCCCACAACCCAGAGGAAUCAGAAGUUGCUGCCCUCUGCAUGCAGUGGAGGAAGAGACUUGUAAAACACAGACUUCAAGAAACUUCCACCAGGGACUGGGAUGAGUGGGGCCUGCGAAAAGCAAGCACGGAAAUGCCUCCCACACUUGCUGCCCUGAUUCAAAGCUAA